AUGCUUUCUCUCUGCUUCCCCUUCCUGUUCUUGCUCCUGCUCGCAGCAGCACCCGAGAUCCAAGCGUAUCCAAAUCCUGAGCCAUGUAAGGGCGUUUGCGAUUAUGUCCACGAUCCCACGGUGGUCCGCCGUGCCUCAGAUGGAACCUACUUCCGCUUCGUGACCUUCGAAGAUAUCCAGAUAGCUACCGCCCCAACCAUGCAAGGUCCAUGGGAAAACCAAGGCCCCGUACUCCCUAAUGGCACCUCGAUAUUCAUCGCUGGAGAAAACACAGACUCUACAUGGGCGCCGGACGCACACUUGAUUGGGGACACCUACUAUCUCUACUACGCCGUCUCGAGUUCAGGGAGCCAGAAUUCACAGAUUGGGGUCGCGACUUCUCGCACCAUGGAGCCUGGUAGCUGGACCGAUCAUGGCUCUCUCGGUAUUCCAUCAUCUCUCGCUUACAACCUCAUCGAUCCCAAUCUCUAUAUCCUCAAUGGCCCAACCGGGCCAAACUACUUUCUAACAUUUGGUUCCUACUGGGACGGUAUCUACCAAAUCCCCAUGACCGACCCCCUGACCAUCGCCCCGCAUGCCGACCCCCAAAACCUUGCCUUCAACCCCGACGGCAUCCACCCCGUUGAAGGUUCCUACCAAUUUUGGUGGCCCACCAACGGCAUCCCCUACUACUACCUCUUCCUCUCCGUCGGAAUUUGCUGCAACAAGCCGCCCAAUCUCCCUCCCCCUGGCCAAGAAUACCACAUCACCGUCUGCCGCUCCAUCUCGCCCACUGGCCCCUUUUAUGACCGCAACGGCGACGACUGCCUUGCUGGCGGCGGCACCACCGUACUGGCCAGCCACGACGACGUCUACGCCCCGGGCGGCGAGGGCGUAUUGUACGAUCCCGAGGAGAACAGCAUCGUGCUAUAUUACCACUACAUUAAUCCGAAAAUCGGCUACGGAGUCGAGAAUUAUCAGUUUGGCUAUAAUUUCCUGACGAUGGAUGCCCUUGGCUGGCCUGUUCUGGUCUGA